CUCCUCCCCGCUCUUCUUCCGCUGGACGACACUGACUGCGGGUGCACCUCUGUGGUCGUUCUCAUCAGAGUUCAUCCACCACCUGAGCCUUGUCAUCCUCCCGCGAGUGCACUAAUCAAGCCCCGCGAUGCCUCCCAAGUUUGAUCCCACCGAGAUCAAGACCGUGUGUCUAAGAUGUGUUGGCGGAGAAAUGGCUGCCACCUCUUCCUUGGCCCCCAAGAUCGGUCCCCUCGGUCUGUCCCCCAAGAAGGUGGGUGACGAUAUCAUGAAGGCGACUGGUGACUGGAAAGGCCUUAAAGUGACUGUCAAGCUCAUCAUCCAAAACAGGCAGGCCCGAGUGGAAGUUGUCCCCUCAGCUGCUUCCCUAGUUAUCAAGGCACUCAAGGAGCCCCCACGUGACCGCAAGAAGGUCAAGCACAGUGAGUUUUCCCAUCAGCCAUGUUCUAUUCUUGAUUGUAGGCACAAGGUGUUUAUUAUUACGGAACCCCUAACAUUUUGAAGCCUUGUUUCAAGGGCGCUACAAAAUAUCGUCGAAGUUUGUACCGACCUUUUUUUUUUUUUUUUUUUUUU